UCUCUCUCACAUUCUCGCGAGAUCGUGUUGCUAUGGAAAUCAAUUACAAAUGGCUGCGCCCAUUCAAUAACAAAGCGACAACGAAGGAUUCAUUUUCAACUUGACAGUCAUGCCAGGGGAAAAGAAAAAAGACAAGAAAAAGGCCGAUGAUGGACCUGAAGAAAAAUUGAAAGGAGUGCACAUGUUUGCCAAUGGAGACAAAUACGAUGGAGAGUACAGCAAGACAGAGGCUGGUGCCCUGGAGAGGAGCGGGGAGGGGACACACACAACAGCAGAUGGUGUGGUGUAUGAUGGACAGUGGGCAGGGGACAAGAUGAAUGGUCAGGGGAAGCUGACCCAUCCAUCUGGCAAUGUUUAUAUUGGAGAGUUCAACAACAACCAGUUUCAUGGAAUAGGAAAAUACGUUUGGCCAAAUGGAUCAUUUUAUGAAGGACAAUUUGUUGAAAACAAGAUGGAAGGAGACGGAAAUUUUACUGAUACAGAAAGUCAGACAUGGACAGGAACGUUCCGAUAUCGUGCUGCACCUGGACUCCGCUUUAAGCUGAACAUGGAAUAGAGUUUGUUGUGUACCAUCACAUGUACAAAGAUUUGAAAUUCAUGUGAAUGUACUGUGAAGUCAGCAUAACUUUACUUUCAUCCACAAGUUUCAUAUACCUCAUUUUGUGAAUGUAAAUAAUUCUUUAGAAUUCAAGAUAAUGUGUAUGAAAAGUUUGUAAAUAAAUGUAUUAGGUUAA